CCCCAACAGCGCGAAAAGCUUCUUUAGCGAUAGAAAAGAACACAAACAAUUGAAAAAGAAGAAAGUCCAGUGCACACACGACACUUGUGCUUCUUCAGCUACAGUCUUCAGUGGGCAGCAACAUCAAGUUCCACCAUCUUUAUCAUCUGCUCAUCCAUUCUCUCGAUCUGUUCCGGUAAAUUUGAUUGCCAAUCAUUUUGCAAAUCAUGGCAUGGUUAACGUCCAUAUUUUUCAUUCUUCUAGCCGUUCAACCGGUUCUUCCACAGGAUCUAUAUGGCACAGCAACUCAGCAGCAGCCUUAUCCAUAUGUACAACCUAGUGCUUCGUCUGGUUCUGGAGGCUACGUUCCAAAUCCUCAAUCAAGCAUUCAUACUGUUCAGCAGCCAUAUCCAAAUAUUGAUGUAGUCGAACCAGAUGUGGAUAGUGUAGACAUUUAUGAAACUGAAGAACCUCAAUUUAAAGUUGUGAACCCUGUAUUUCCACUUGGUGGAUCUGGAAUCGUUGAACCUGGUACAAUCCCACCACCAAUGCCUCAAACUCAAGCUCCAGAAAAACCAGACAACAGCUAUGCAAUUAACUAUUGUGAUAAACGAGAAUUCCCAGAUGAUGUACUAGCACAAUAUGGAUUAGAAAGGAUUGAUUAUUUUGUAUACAACACUUCAUGCUCUCAUGUUUUCUUCCAGUGUUCAAUUGGCCAGACUUUUCCUCUGGCGUGUAUGUCCGAAGAUCAAGCAUUUGAUAAGUCUACUGAAAAUUGUAAUCACAAGAAUGCUAUUAAAUUCUGUCCAGAAUACGAUCAUGUCAUGCACUGUACAAUCAAAGACACCUGUACUGAAAAUGAGUUUGCUUGUUGUGCAAUGCCUCAAUCCUGUAUCCAUGUGAGCAAACGUUGUGAUGGUCACCCAGACUGUGCCGAUGGGGAAGAUGAGAACAAUUGUCCAUCGUGUGCACGUGAUGAGUUUGCAUGUGUGAAGAGUGAACAUUGUAUUCCUGCAAACAAAAGAUGUGACGGUGUGGCUGAUGAUUGUGAAGAUGGAUCGAAUCUUGAUGAAAUUGGAUGCAGUAAAAAUACAACUUGUAUUGGAAAGUUCGUCUGUGGAACAUCGCGUGGAGGUGUUUCAUGUGUGGAUUUAGAUAUGCAUUGUGAUGGAAAGAAAGAUUGUUUAAAUGGAGAAGAUGAAAUGAAUUGUAAACAAGAAGGACGCCAAAAAUAUUUGCUCUGCGAGAAUCAAAAACAAUCAGUGACACGUCUACAAUGGUGUAAUGGAGAAACAGAUUGUGCUGAUGGAUCUGAUGAAAAAUAUUGUUACUAGAUACUGCUGAACUUCUUGUCGAUUUCCCUUAAUUUAUAAAUAAAUACAUGAAUGUC